CCCCUCCCCAUUCCCCUAUAAAGCCUUCACUUACGCGACCACUCAUGGGCUCUCUUCUCUCUCUGAGACAGCAUCAGCAGCUUCCUCUUGCUAUAGCUAGCUAGGUUGUAGCCGGCCGGCCCUGGCCCUGGCCCUGGUCUGGCCACACACAGCUCUGCAUCACUUGGGAGGAGCUCCUUGCUUGCAACUGUGUGCUAGCUCGCUGUUGCUCCUGCCGCCAAGCCGCCAAGGCCAAGCUGCUGCUCUGUGAGUGGCCGCCGGCCGGCAUGGACAACAUCACUCACAACUCGAGCAGCAGCAGCUCAUGGGAUUUGGACAUGAGCCUCGGCAGCCACCACCACCCCCUCCUCUUCGACAGCCACACCAACCCGGCGCCGCCGCCGCCGCCAUUACCGUUCCAUCUCUCCACCACCUCCCAUCACCACCACCACCCUCCUCCGCACCACCACCACCACCAUCUAGAUCCUUCCCCGUCUUCCUCCCUCUUCCCGCCGCCGCACCACCACCGCCUCCACCACCUCGGCCUCGACAUCGAGCCCUCCCCCCACCACCGGCACCACCAUGAGUACGAGCAGCAUCAGCAGGAGCCCGCCGGCCACCACGAGCAGGAGGAGAUGAGGCAGCAGCAGCAGGAGGCCGGCGUGGCCCAGGACGAGCGCGGCGGCGGCGGCGAGGACGUGGAGGAGGAGCUCGGCGCCAUGAAGGAGAUGAUGUACCGGAUCGCCGCCAUGCAGCCGGUGGACAUCGACCCGGCCACCAUCAAGAAGCCGCGGCGGCGCAACGUGCGCAUCAGCGAGGACCCCCAGAGCGUGGCGGCGCGGCACCGGCGCGAGCGGAUCAGCGAGCGCAUCCGCAUCCUGCAGCGCCUCGUCCCGGGGGGCACCAAGAUGGACACCGCCUCCAUGCUCGACGAGGCCAUCCGCUACAUCAAGUUCCUCAAGCGCCAGGUGCAGGAGCUCCAGCACCAGCCGCCGCCGCCGCAGCAGCAGCAAUACCCGGCCGCCGCCGCCGCCGCCGCCGCCGGCGGCGGCGGCGUAGCAGCAGCCGGGCCCAGCACCUCCGUCGUGGGCCCGCCGGGGCGACCCGGCGGCGGGCCGUUCCUCCCGUUGGGUCCCGGGCCGCUCAUCGACUGGGCCGGGCUGGUGAGGCCCGUGGAUAUCCACGGGCCGACAUCGUCGUCGUCCUCGUCGUCGAUGGGCAGCGCACACGCGGCCCUGGGCUUCGGGUUCAGCAGCGCCGGCCAGAGCAGCCAUGGUGGAAUGCACUGAUGAUGAUGAUCUAUCGAGCUAGGGGAAAGGAAGCUUGAUUAGCUUGCUUGUAGCAGCUAGCGGAUUAACUAGGAAUCGUGGAUGAUGGAUGGAUUAUUUGGUGGAUGAUGGAUCAUGGAUACCAUGACGUACUAGAGAGGUAAUUUUGAUUUGAUCUUUAAUUUGAUUUUUCUAGCUGUGUGAUCGAUCGAGGGUAGCUAGUGUAUGUCUUCUCUUCUCUGGUGUUAAUCCAUGCCAUGUUUUAUGAAA